GUGCGUACUUGGCAACGGGAGGGGUGGGUGCUGUGAGCGUGUCUAGCGGUGGACAAGAUGAAGACACCAUAUCUCAUUCUAUGCAUAUUUUUUCUUUGCUUGUCAUUUUCUCUUGCCUUGAAAGAUGAGGGUGAAGAAGAUGUGAAGGCUGGCUCCACAAGACAUCCUGUUAUUCUUGUUCCUGGUGAUGGAGGCUCAAAGCUUAUGGCCAAGCUUAACAAGUCAGCAGGACCCCACUACUGGUGCUAUCAACACACCUCAUCAUACUACCUUCUGUGGCUUAAUCUGGAUGUGCUUGUCAGCAAGUUUAUGGAUUGCUUUAUCGACAACAUGCGCCUCCACUACAACCAUACGGACCGGCGGACGUACAACACCCCAGGCGUGGAUAUAAUGGUACCUGACUUUGGCACGACCAAAGCCAUCGAGAACCUCAGCGACUGGAACUACUGGUUCGGCGGCUACACCAAGUACUUCUUCAACCUGGUUGACCUGCUAGUCAAGAAUCUGAACUAUACGCGGGGCCAGGACCUGUUCGGCGCCCCCUACGACUUCCGGAAGGCUCCGAGUGAACGAGAUGGACGUCUUCUUCUCGAACUUGACGCGGCUGCGGAGCAGGCGUACUACGCCAACAACAACACGCGCGUGGUGCUGGUGUCGCACAGCUACGGCUGCGUGCUCACCCUGCACUGGCUGCACCGGCGGACGGAAGCCUGGAAGGCCAAGUUCAUCGAGCACUUCGUGUCGCUGGCCGGGCCGUACGCCGGCACGGCGCUCUCGUACGAGGGUGUACGCCGCAGGGCCACUGGUGACCAGUAG